AUGGGUGACAAACCGUGCGUGACAAAAAUAUCCACAACAUGGCGGACAUCAGGUUCUUUCUCAUCUCGUGUCUUAACUUUCUCCUUCUUGGUAUCCAACCUKCACAUACAGCUAAGAUAGUUGGGUACCCAAUGUUUGGAGGAAGCCAGUACAUCGGAAUGAAGAGAAUAGCUGAAGAGUUAGUCAGCAGGGGACAUGAAGUGACCAUUCUAGUCAGCCAGGUACAGAAAAUCAAGCCAGCAAAGGGUAUCACUCAUCAAGUCUACCAAGUGCCUUUCCAGGAAGGCUUUCUGGAAAAACUGCUGGUCUCCGCUGUCAUCAAAGGAGGCAUCCUAAAAUCCCUACUUUCGCACUCAAACAACAGUAGUAUGAUAACGAUACAACGCGUCUUCUGUGAGGCCUUGCUUAACAAUACGAAACUACUUGAACCUUUGAAGAAUUUUGAUGUCAUCAUCACCGAUACAUCGAUGUUCUGUGGGCCACUAGUUGCCGAGUAUCUUGGUAUUAAAAGGAUUGAAUACUGUCCUAUUUCACCAAGAUUUUUGUCCAUUUUUACUCCUUACGAAUCAGUCUUCACUCUUUCCUACGUCCCACUCUAUCUAUCUCGCAAUCCAGGAAAAAUGACGUUCCUACAGCGAACGAAGAACGCUUUGAUUUUCACUGUAGGACAGAUUAUUUUUCCUAUUAUCGCGCUUAGACCAUUCGUAAAGAUGAAAGAAAAAUAUAAGAUCAAGCCAGAAAAGAGCCUAAUGGAAGCCAUGAUGGACAAGGAACUGACGCUCUUUUUGGGAGAUUUUGCAGUGGAUUAUCCUCAUCCUAUUCCACCAAGCUAUAAGCUGAUUGGUCCAUUGAAUAUCCAGCCCGUCAAACCCCUCCCGCCUGAUCUYCAGCAGUUGAUUGAUAGUUCUGGUGAUGACGGUUUCAUUAUCGUGUCUUUUGGAUCGAACGUGGCUUCAGUGUUGGACAAGGAUAAAGUAGACAUUAUGGCUGACGCUUUUGGACGAUUAAAACAGAAAGUUGUCUGGAGACUACAAGGAUAUAUCCCAUCAUCCCUCAGUCCUAACAUCAAAGCCGUUGAUUGGCUGCCCCAGAAUGACUUGCUGGCUCACCCAAAGAUACGAGUCUUUGUUUCUCACGUGGGUCAAAACAGUUUGUACGAAACAGCAUAUCGCGGGGUUCCUGUGGUAUCUUUGCCCUUAUUUGGAGACCAACCGGACAAUGCUUUGUUGGUUGAGGAGAGAGGCAUGGGAUUGAGUUUAGACUACCAGACCCUCACGGCUGAUGAUAUGUACAACACCAUACAACGAGUCAUCCAACAACCAAGUUUCAAAGAAAACGCUCAGCGAAUUUCUGGUCUGCUUAGUGACCGCCCUYRUAGCCCAGCACAGGAGGCAGCUGAUUGGAUAGAAUACACUGUUAGACAUGGUGGUCUUGCACAUCUACGACCCUACUCUUCUCAACUAGCCUGGUACCAGUAYUUCCUGGUCGAUGUGGUACUUUUMCUGGUCUUGAUAGUUUUUGCAGUGAUUUUGUUGAUYAAGUACAUGRUUAGGUUUGUUYGUUGGCUGUGUUGUCGGUCAAGAAACAACAAAGUCAAGACUCAGUGACCUUCCCACUCGUUUAUUAUACUGGAAUGUUCCGAUAAUCUUUUCAAUUUUUUCUGUAGAAUUUGAAUAUCUUCCAAACCUAAGAACUGCAUGUGAUUUUUAAUUGAUUUUAAUUUUUAUCUAUUAAAUAUUGUGCAAUCCA